GAGACACCCUUGUACGUCAAGGAAGCCGCAUGGUUUCCUUCGCGGCUGCCUUUGUUCGACCUCACCCUCACUCUGAAUCUUUGUGGAGAUAAAUUUAUGCGUCGCUUCAAACAAUGUCAGCCUCCAAUCUUCAAUUCUUAAUCCGCCACUGAGCUGCACCGCUUUGUCAGUUUCGUCUCCCAAUCCCUAUAUAUACUGCACCAGCCAGGGUACUUCCACUGCACUUGCAAGCAAGGCAGAAGAGGUCGAGACUCGAGAGGUAUAGGAGUAGAAAUGGAGGCGGCCGACUUCUUCCGCGUGAGCGAGUGCAAGGGCCAGAAGACCAUCGACGGCGAGCAGGUGCCGCUGGUCCUGGCGCCCUCCGACGAAGGCGCCAAGGGCAACGGCUGCGAGGCGCUGGUGGAGGCGCUCAGGGCGAACCGGGAGUGGGUGGAAGGCAAGGUGGUGGCCAACAGCGGCGUCCUCCUGCGCGGCUUCGACGUGCGCGACGCCGUCGAGUUCAACGCCGUCGUCGAGGCGUUGGGGUGGCCGGACAUCCGGUACGUCGGCCCGGCGCCGCGCACGCACGUUCACGGCCGCGUCUGGACCGCCAACGAGGGCCCGCUCGAGGAGUUCAUCUACUACCACCACGAGAUGGUCCUGAUCAAGGAGUUCCCCGGGAAGGUGAUCCUGUUCUGCGAGGUGCCGCCGCCGUCGGGCGGCGAGACGCCGUUCGUGCCGAGCUUCCGGGUGACGGAGCGCGCGCUGGAGGAGUUCCCGGAGACGGUGGAGGAGCUGGACGCCCGGGGCCUCCGCUAUACCUUCACCGCGCUGAGCAAGAACGACACCAAGUCCAUGCGGGGCCGCGGGUGGGAGGACGCCUUCGCUACCUCCGACAAGGCCGAGGCCGAGCGCCGCGCGCGCGCGCUGGGGAUGGACGUCGAGUGGCUCCCCGGCGGCGGCGGCGUGCGCACGGUCCUGGGCCCGCGGAAGCUCACGCGCGUGUUCCCGGGCCGCAAGGGCCGCCGGAUGUGGUUCAACACCGUGGUGGGGAUGCACGGCAAGGAGCUCAGCUCGGCGACGCUCGCCGACGGCUCCGAGAUCCCCGCCGACUUCGUGCGCCGCUGCGGCGAGAUCAUCGAGGAGGAGAGCAUCCAGUUCCGGUGGGAGAAGGGUGACAUCCUCAUCCUCGACAACCUCGCCACGCUCCACGGCCGCCGCCCCUCGCUGCCGCCGCGCAGGGUCCUCGUCGCCACCUGCAAGUGAAAUGCGCGCGGCCGGCCGGCGGCGCGGAUGAUGAGCUCCGCUCCUCGUCGUCCAUGGUGUACGCCGCAAUAAGAUUAUACUAGUAGUAGAUUGUGUUGAGGAGCGUCGGCAAUCGACCGAUCAGCGUGCUGUAUAGAUGGCACGCCAUGCGUUCUGCCGCUGAAAGAUGCAUGUGUGUAUGUGGGUUAACCUCAGUGUUAGCACCUGAAUCAAAUAAGAAAUGGAUACUGGAUUUGAGUAGAUUUGUUCA